GUCGCUGAACGUCAGUCACUCUAUUGCAUUUGAAUUAAAACCUUUGAAUUAAAAAUGAAACAAAUCUUGAUUCUCGCUGCAAGUGCAUUGCUGUUGGUACAGCUCGUUCACGCUUUACCUCAUACAAAACGAGAGUCGGUCGCGGUUGCUGUGCAUGAGAACCAUGUCUCUAAGGAUGCCUCAUAUGAAGAAGUCGAUCCCAAGCUAAAACUUUUCUUUUUCACUCUUGCCAGAAUGACUGUAGUAGCCCAAUGGACACUCGAUAAAGGUAGCGAAGUGCUUAAGAAUGCCGUGAAGGAAUUAAAUGAAAUUCCCGACAAAGACGAGCUGUUGCAAGCGAAUAUUAUCCGUAUGUCUCGCAUUGCUAAUGAAAUUUCUCAGAAGGAAGAUGGACGCCAAGGCAUUAAAAAACGGGCCCAAUAUACGGCUGAUUUCUUUAAAUUGUUAGAUGACUUUGAAAAAAUUCCCGAUGAUUCGAAAUUAAAAAUUACGAUAAAGACAGCUUUAGAAAAUAAUGGUUUCACGAAGUUUGUAAGCGAAGUGAAAGAGAAAUACCUUGCUUUUGCUAAGAAUUUCGAGCAUGUUUUUGGUGAAUUCCUUAAAGAAAUGACUCCCGCGGAAAAAUCAAAGAAUUCCAAAUUAGUUCAGUGGUUUGAGGAAUUCAAGGCUGAAACUAAUAUGAUGAAGAAAUUUGACAAAUUUAACGAUUUCUUUGAUCUCAUCUGAUUUAUUCCAGAUUACGAAAAUAAAGUACAUCAUUGAGUAACGAAA